AUGGUGGCCGCGAGCCCCGAGGUCGCCCGGUGCCUGCUGGCGAACAGGUGCAGCCCGAGCUUCGCGUCUGGCAAGGAGGGCCUGACCGCCCUCCACGUGGCCGCGAGGGCGGACCGCCCUGACCUUUGCAUGCUUUGGCUGCGCAGCCGUGCGGCGCCUGGCCGCUGA